ACUGAGUUUCAAAUGCAAUUAUCGGUUACGAGGUAAAUAUUUUGCAGCCGCGGUUAAGGAGAUUCUGGAAAUAACAGCAGUAACUGCGGUAGUUACCGACUUACCGCUUACCUCACUACCGCGUAGCUGCAUUCAGUCUCGAGAGCAGUUUAUGUGAGCGGCCUAUAUCUUGUGAAGACGUGGUAAUAUGUGUACACGUGGUAAUAUUAAUAUUUUAAUAAUUUACACCACGAAUAACUAUGUUAAUUUCCAUAUUAUUGGGUGUAUCCCUCCUCAUCCUCGGCGCCAGCGGAGCCACGACAAAACCGGCAAAAGAUGCUAAAGAAAAACAACUCACUGCGAAUCCCUUGGAAAUAACUUAUGAAAAUGCCCAGGUGCUGGAUCAAAGAAAGCAAGCAGUUCUGCAACGAUGGAAGAAAGUCAUGGGUGACCUCGGUGGCGGCGCAACGGGUAUUAAAAUAACCAAGGAUACCGCCAGUAAAGCAUCCCAUACGAUCAACUACGACGUCACGUACACCGUCAGUGAUGCCGGCAAAUUCAACGCCAAAGAUGCCGUUAGUCAGUUCGACGCCAGCCUACAAAAAGAUCCCAUUGCCGGUGUCAAGAGCUCCAUGACCCUCGUAAUGAGGCCGGAAAGCGUCAGUGCGGAUGUGGUGCUGGAUUAGCUCUAUAUUACAACUGCAUUCUCAGCGAGUCAAUAAUUAAUAAUUAUUGUAAUACGUAGUUCAGUUGGCUGUUAAAAUUCCUGUUCAAAUUGCGAUGAUUGCUGCUAUCUACUUUACUAUAUGUUUUUAUGUGUAGAACGGUUUUGACCAUUUUGCUCACAUACCAAGACAGUUUGGCUUUUUUCGUAAAUAAUGAAUUACGCGUAUCUGUACAAGUCCAUUUUGCUAGUUUUAGCUUUUUCUCAGUCACGUUUUAGCUAUAAAGAAAUUAGGCGAUGGCCGAUGGUGUAUAAAUAAAAUUACUUGUAUUGA